UCAAAUUUGUAACGACCUGUCAGGUACUUUUUUGACAUAUAUUUCAACUUCAAAAGCAGCAAUCCAUUGAGCCACCGCGUGCCAUGCCGUCACCUUUUUAUCACAGACACGGCUAUCCACAGCUGGAGCGCCUACCUGGACACCCUGUCGAUCCAGACGCAGCCUGGCUCGCACAGUUCUCGGCACAGCACCUUCGUCCGCACGAUUCGCCGCCGUCGGCGACCUUGCGUGAUGUGCGACAGACGGUGUUGGACUGCCUUCGACGCAUUCGAGAGUGCAAGAAUCUCCAAGAAGAGAUGGACCGAUUCGCAGCAACAUUUCGCGCUGCAGACGACAUCGACGCGGUGCUGCUCACACGUGCAGCACGAGCCAAGCUACAGUACGAACGUCGUCGCGCCACGCUCAUCGACACGUUUGCCCAGUUGCGCACCCAGUACACUUUGUUCUUUGAGGACGAAGAACCCUUACGGCAGGUAACGUCCAUGGCGAGGCGAGUCCGUCGGAAGAAGCAGUAUCGCCGCCGAGCCAAGCAACAACGUCAAAUCCAUCGCUACGUGCUUGAAAGCAUCACGAGUACAACCCACGAAAGGCCAGCGCCUCCUCCGACGCCACACGAAGCCAGCGUGCCUUCUGUGUCGGUUCGCAUGCAGCUUGACAACACAUGCAACAUGUUGAAGUUGCUCCAGCAAUUGAGAGCUGCCCGCGGUGAUGACGGCGCCGACAACUUGACCGCAGUGGUCAAAGACUUCCUGGCCAGAGUGUCGCACACCCUCCACCCUCCAUCAGCUUCAUUUGGUCCAAAUCGCUCGGCUGAAUCAAAUCCCCGACACACACAAACGCCGCUAGAGUCGUUGCCGACGAGUCCAGCGCGCCUCCACCAUCCAUUGAAUGCGCAUGAAAUGACGAUGGAGACCCUCGUGGGAGUCAGACGCGCAUGGGACGCAUACUUGAGCGGCCGCGGUGGCUCGCGCAUUCCACCUCAUUUUGUGGUCCCGCCAGCGCCAUCGUCCAGAGACGCCUCGAGUCCAUGGCACGCAUAUCUGACUCCUACCGAGCGCUCAACGUCAGAGCAAGCUGCAUGAAAGGGCAUCUUGGGAAGUUUCUCGAUGGAAACUGAGGCCAGCAUGUGGAGGUAGAGACACGUUGGAAGCGCACAAAGUGGUGUAUGUAGUGGAAUACAUGAAUUAUCCGCGUGCGAUCA